CAGCCGUCCGUCAUUCCUUUUAUCACCAUCUGCAACCCCAGACUCGUUGUUCAAGCCAAAUCCUGCAUCUUAAUUCAAACCUGCACGCCCCCUGAAAACUUGCUAACCAGUAAUCAUGUGUGGUUCUGACCUGUUUCUUGCCAUUCUGGCAGUAUUCUUCCCACCUGUAUCAGUGUGGAUUAAACUAGGUGUCUGCACGGCUGAUUCCAUCAUCAACAUUGCCCUCUGCUGCCUUGGAUACAUCCCUGGCCUCCUUCAUGCCUGGUACAUCAUCCUCAAAUACCCUGAGCCGGACUAUGACGACCCAUCGUACGAGUCAGUCCCCAACGGGAGAGGGGACGUCGAGAACGGACACGUAACAUACUACUACGUUUCUCACCAGUCCGGCCCGUCCCCAUCUCAGAGAGGUUACGGCACUCUAGCCCCGCAGCAAGCCCCAGAAUCCCGGCCACAACCAUCACAGUCCUCACCUAAACCUCAACAGGAACAGAGUGCGGCUGGCAGCAGCAGCCAAGGGCAUGACGAGGCCCGCCCGCCCCCUACGUAUGCUGAAGCUGUCAAGGGAGAUAACAAAGUACAGAACCAGGAUUAAGACGUCGACAUGAAGAACCAAAUACAGCUACACCACCUUGAUACCCCCGCUACCCGAACCUAGAAACCCUUUUGAACAAACUAUUAGUGAUGAGCGUUGUGAUGUGUUAUGGAUUGUUUGCGUGAAUGUCAUGCGUUAUUGGUCUUUCCUGAUGCCUUUAUUGUGGCUAUCGAAGCGCUUCUUGUAUAUUAGUACAUAACUCGGUGUAUAUUCAUUUUUAUGCGAUGACAUAACCGUGCUGCACCACGAAUACUUUGCCCACGACUAAACCCGUAUUUGAUUGGUACUUUAGACUUGAUAUCCCGGACAUAAAUUUAAUUAUCACGAGUGUAUUAAAAUUGAU